AUGUUCAGAAACAACUACGACAACGAUUCGGUGACGUUCUCACCCCAGGGUCGUAUCUUCCAGGUCGAAUAUGCACAGGAAGCCGUCAAGCAAGGUUCAGUCGUGGUGGGUGUUGUCAGCAAGACACAUGCCGUGCUCGCGGCGAUCAAGCGAAACGCAGAAGAACUCUCGUCCUACCAGAAGAAGAUCAUUCCGAUAGACUCGCACUUCGGAAUCGCCCUCGCCGGUCUCGCUUCAGAUGCCCGUGUCCUCUCCAACUUCAUGAAGCAGCAAUCUCUCUCAUCACGCCUGACCUACGACCGCGCAAUCCCGCUCUCUGAGAUCACCUCCCGCAUUGCGGACCGCGCACAGAUCAACACUCAGCAAUAUGGGCGACGACCAUACGGCGUGGGCCUGCUGAUCUCCGGUGUGGACGCAAAAGGACCGCAUCUGUUUGAGUUCCAGCCCAGCGGUGUCACGCAAGAAAUGGUUGCCUGCGGAAUUGGCGCUAGGAGUCAGAUGGCGAGGACGUACUUGGAGAGGCACUUGGAUAGCUUCGAGGGUUCAAGUCGUGAGGAUUUGAUCAAGCAUGCGCUGAGGGCUCUGAAGGAGUCGCUGUCCCAGGAUAAGGAGCUUACGGUGGAUAACACUAGCGUGGGCGUGAGUGGCAUUGGUGAGGACUUCAAGUUAUUCGAGGGCCAGGAUAUCGCAGAGUGGCUGGAUGCUACGUUCGAGAACCGGGAGGGCGGUGGUGAGGAGGGCGGAGAGGCCAUGGAGACGGAUUCAUGA